CCUAAUUGCAGAAAAAAAGGGGUGAGGGAAAUGUGAGGAUAAUUUGCAGCGGACGUGGCUCUCUGUGGAGACAGUAGACGACGAAAGGGGAGAGCAGAGCUUGUUGAAGACAAUGAACUGCAAAGCAGCGCAUUUUCCUUCUCCAGCGUUAACAAUGAGGCAUCAUCCUCAUCCUCAUCCUCUUUUCUCCUCUUCAACUGCUGCUUUUCGUCCACUCCUAUUGCCUUGGACAAUGAGUGCAUCACGGAGAAUAUACUGUUGCUAUGGGCUGCAAACUGAUGCUUGUGCUGUUUCCAAUCUACCAAAAACACCCCUCAUCAACAAAACCUCCACAGGGUGGCGUGGAACACAAUCUUUAUCUUUAAAGCAACCAAUCAACAAUUACUCAAUGCCUUUGGGAGCAUUAUUGACAUCUAAAACUCAAGAUGUAUGUACUAUGCCUCUUACCGGUGAUGAGAAGAUAGGAGUCUUGUUGCUGAAUCUUGGAGGUCCAGAGACUCUUGAUGAUGUGCAGCCCUUUUUGUUUAAUCUUUUUGCUGACCCGGAUAUUAUUCGAUUGCCAAGAGUUUUUACUUUCCUUCAAAAGCCGUUAGCUCAACUUAUCUCUGUUCUAAGAGCACCCAAGAGCAAGGAAGGUUAUGCCUCAAUAGGUGGUGGCUCUCCUCUUCGACAGAUAACCGAUGCACAGGCAGAAGAGUUGAGGAAGGCACUUUGUGCAAAGAAUGUCCCAGCAAAGGUGUAUGUUGGUAUGCGUUAUUGGCAUCCAUUUACUGAAGAAGCUAUUGAACAGAUAAAAAGAGAUGGAAUCGCAAAGCUCGUUGUCCUUCCGUUAUAUCCACAAUUCUCAAUAUCCACUAGCGGUUCAAGCCUUCGAUUGUUAGAAAGCAUAUUCCGGGAGGAUGAAUAUCUGGUAAAUAUGCAGCACACAGUAAUUCCUUCCUGGUACCAGCGUGAAGGAUAUAUAAAGGCUAUGGCAGAUUUGAUUGAAAAAGAGUUAGGAACUUUUGAUUUCCCUGAUGAGGUGAUGAUAUUUUUUAGUGCUCAUGGGGUGCCGCUUGCUUAUGUGGAAGAGGCUGGUGAUCCAUACAAGGCUGAGAUGGAGGAAUGCGUGGAUUUGAUUAUGGAAGAACUAGAAAAAAGAAGGAUAACUAAUCCAUAUACUCUUGCUUAUCAGAGCAGAGUUGGGCCGGUGGAAUGGUUGAAACCUUAUACUGAUGAGACAAUCAUGGAGCUAGGGAAGAGAGGAGUAAAAAGUCUCCUGGCUGUCCCGAUUAGCUUUGUCAGUGAGCAUAUUGAAACAUUAGAAGAAAUUGAUGUUGAAUACAAAGAGUUGGCUUUAAAAUCUGGUAUAAAGAAAUGGGGACGAGUUCCUGCACUUGGUUGUGAACCCACCUUCAUUUCUGAUUUGGCUGAUGCUGUGAUUGAAAGUCUUCCGUAUGUUGGUGCCAUGGCUGUCUCAAAUAUUGAAGCUCGACAGUCUCUGGUGCCUCUUGGCAGUGUAGAAGAGCUGUUGGCAGCAUAUGACUCACAGCGUCGGGAGCUUCCACCCCCGGUCACUGUGUGGGAAUGGGGAUGGACAAGAAGUGCUGAAACAUGGAACGGGAGAGCAGCUAUGUUGGCCGUGCUAGUUCUGUUGGUAUUAGAAGUGACUACUGGUGAGGGGUUUCUGCACCAAUGGGGUAUAUUACCCUUGUUACACUGAGAAGACUCUCCCCUCCUGUCUGUAUCUUCUUUCUAUUGCCGUCUUUGCCCGCUGGUGUAUGGUACAAAAAGGAUAAAAGAAUAUGAAUUUCCAGGUAAAAGAAGCAAAAACAUCCAAGCUGAGUGAGAUACAGUGACCUAUAGUAGCCGCCGCCGCCCCUAUGUCUUUGAAUGGGUAAGAAUACAUGCAUCUCUACUACCAAGCAAGGAUGUAUUGUUGGAGGAUGCCACAUUGGAGCCCAACCCAGCAGCAGCUGGACAGAAGGGUGGGAUAGGUUUCUCCAUCCCUCCCUUCCCCUCGGUAACAAUAUAUAUAUACACACACUGAUUGGAUUGGGUUGGAUUGGAUAGGUGCCUUUAAGUUUUGAUUAUUUGCCAAAUCGUUUGUUGUGGACUUGGUCUGAGAGUACCAGUACGUGAUAUUCCUAUAGUCAGCAUUAACAAACUUCCUCUGUAAAUUAUUAGUCGACAAUAUGAUAUGAGCAUCAUUACGCUGCAACAAACUUUCAUCUUUAUUAUGUAUUUUUGUGGUCUUGUUACAUAAUUUGUUUACAUCCAUGUAUUAAUGUACCAAUAACAAAAAACAGGAAUCUAUUGUUACCUA